AGGUUUUGAUAGCUUAAGAUAACGUUUAAUGGACAACAAUAUAAGUAAAACUAGGAUCAUUAAUGUGAAUACACAAUUAAGCAAAGAAUAUCUCAGGAUCUUUUUUACAUUAGAACAGUUUGGACGAUAGUGCGUCACGAUAAUACGUCACGAUAUUGCGCGACCAAUCACGGCGUCCGAUUUGUCUUUAUCGGCCCGCCAAUUACGUUGCGUGUCUCUCCUUGUCUUUCACUUGCGAUUGUCGCAACGGCCGUGAUGGCGUCGUUUUUCGCGCGCGCCGGUUUUUUUUUUGUUCUCGCGAUGCGAACGAGCAUCCGGAGUGUCAAAUUACGAAAUCUCACAGUCGUCGCCACGAUAAAUCGACGUGGACGAUCCACGCUGUUCAUCCGAUCUGUCGAUACAUUCAACAAUCGGCGGCAGUCGUCCGCGUCUCUGCCUCCUGCUCCGCCAAAACUAUCUGAUCCAUAAUCUUUCGUAUUUUUGGAGUCGUACACAACAACGCCUGGAACACUGACCGCUGUGGAUUGUCCACGGCUCGGGCGACUGCUUAGCAUAAAAAAUGCGAUCCGGCAUCGCUCCGCGUCGAAGAUGCUAUAUUCGCGCGCGAUGAAAACGCGGUAUCCAAUCCAUCGUCUCUCGUUCGCAAAGUUUCGACGUGUCACCCAUCUCGCGGUGCAUCGCGGUGAUACUUCUCGAUCGGUAGUGCCGAGAAAAGUAACGGGCGAUGUUUACAUUAAUUGUCGUCGCGCGUAUUUACGUGUACGUCUGUGUCUCGUGUGUGUGUGUGUGACUGCAAGCGGCGACAAACAGACGAGGCGGUGCGGGCGGCGACGAUGGUACAUCAUCAGCAUUGGUGAAUUGGAAUCCGGAUCUUUAGUACGGAAAGCAGAUGCGCAACUUGUACGCCACGAUCAUCGCAAAGAUUAAUGUAGCUGUGUUACUACUCCGCUGCUACGCAUCGGUCCGAGGGGUUGAUCGCUGGUCCAGAAGUGACGCUGAAGAUGCGCGACGAUGCGGGAUGAGUGUCGGUUUCCCUUCUCGGGACAAUGACGAUGCAGCAAUUCUCAGCAGAUGUUCGUCCCCUCCUGUUAGCGGUGACAAUUUUUGCAACGAGAGGCCUGCAGUGCGACAAUGCCCGAGGAUCCUUCUUCUCGCACGUACAAUAUGCGUCGCGAGAAAAAAAAAAGAAUCAACAGGAAAAGAAAUACAGAAGCAGCAGCAAAAGCAGCAGCAACAGUAACAACUGACAAUGAGUGAAUGGAUCAAUUGAGCAAUUUGUUUAAAUAAAGCAAUUUGCUGUUAUUAUUCGAUUAUCUCUUUGUUCAAAAAUAAAUUUUGUUACUGAUACCAGUAAAUGUAAUGCAAUUGGCAGAAGUAAAAA